AUGCUGGAUUGGGGGCGGGGGGAGGAGGAAGGGGAGGAGGGAAGGGAUGCAACACACCAGGAGUUGCCCUCUUUCGGGCUGAAUCUUCUCUUUUGUGUCCUGCAGGUUCUCCCUGGACUUUACCUUGGGAACUUCAUAGAUGCCAAAGAUUUGGAGCAACUGAGCAGGAAUAAGAUCACUCACAUUAUUUCAAUCCAUGAAUCUCCCCAGCCACUACUGCAGGAAAUGACUUAUCUUCGCAUUCCUCUGCCAGAUACACCCGAGGCCAACAUCAAGAAGCACUUUAAAGAAUGUAUCAGUUUUAUCCACUACUGUCGCCUGCAUGGAGGGAACUGCCUUGUUCACUGCCUUGCGGGGAUCUCCCGGAGCACCACCAUUGUUGUCGCCUAUGUCAUGGCAGUGACGGAGCUAAGCUGGCAAGAGGUAUUGCAGGCGGUAAGAGCGGUGCGACCGAUUGCCAAUCCCAACCCCGGCUUCAAGCAGCAGCUGGAGGAGUUCGGUCACGGCCCUGCACGAAAGAUUCACAGACACUUGGAGCAGAGAUAUGGAGCCGACACUUUAAAUGACGAGGAGGAGAUAAGGCUCCUGCUUCCAGCAGACAGAGAAGGCACAGAUGGACCCCUGCAGGGACUGGUGCCAAGGAGCAGAGACAUCAAGAACACAGUCCCCUUUCUGCUGCGAGUGAAGCAGACGUUCUCCUGCAUCCCCACCUGUUUGAAGUGAGUCCAGCGGAGGCACAGAGAGGAGGGACGCGAGGCAUUCUGGGAAAGUGCAUAGCCUAACAUAUCAGACUGGCAAACGCCAAGGGCUGGAAAGGGACAUCCCUGCUAUUGUAUGUCAGGGGAGAGGUAUGGUUCAGUGGCACAAGCACUGGCCUGGGAGCCAGGAACUCCUGGGUUCCCAUCCAAGCUCUGUAGUCUUCCUCUGUGGCCUUGGGAAAGUCACCUAACAUUUGCCUCAGUUUCCCCAUCUAAAGUGUGGGGGAUUGAUGCUUACGUUUCUAUUUCCCAGGCUGCUGUGAGGGUUGGUUAGUAAAUAUACAAAGGGCACUGGGAGGGUUAGAUGUGCUGACUAUCAUCAGUAGUGAACAGAAGGCCUUGAGCCCCGGCUUACUGAGUGCUACAGAUCAGCUGUGCAGGAGGGGAUUUUCCUGCUGCCAAGAGCCUGGGUUGGAAAGUAGCAGCCGGGGAUGGACUUUGGCAGCAAAUUGUAAUACUUCAAUAAAUGCUGCACUGAACCCAUAAAAAUAAAAUAAAGCGUGAGGGGAUGUCUCUUUAUAGAUGAGACUUUUUCAUCAGCAAGUGGUUUCCACUGUCCGGGGGAUUGUAUAAGAAGUGUGUGUGUGUUUUCCAUUAGACCCA